CACACACACACAAACCCGAGUGACAGAGCGAGGAACGAGAGCGGAGGAGGAAGGGCACAGACAGACAGACGGUUCGGGGGCGGGAUAAGAAAGUGCGGAUAAGACGAGGAGGAACCAAGGAAAGCGGGGUUCGCCUUUGAAGAGUAAACGGGGGUGCAGAAGGGCUGUGGACGGAUAACGAUUAUCGGCAGUGUUAUUUCAGAGUGGGAACUUCCAACAGUUUUCAAGCUUGAGUGAAGACUUCCAUCCGAUCCUUCCCUUUUUAAACCUGCAAAUGGAGGGUCACAAUGACGAGGAAAGCGUCAGCAACAGCAGUGGAGACUCAAGUCAAUCAGACAAGGAAUCUGGUUCGAGUUCAGGGAGCAGCAGUGAUGGCAGCAGCAGCCGUUCCGAUAGCAAUGACUCCAGUGACUCUGACAGUGGCUCAGACUCAGGCAGCCAAUCCGAUUCUGAUACAUCAGGUUCAAGAAGUAAUGCAUCAUCAUCCAGAGGGAAGAGACCAGCUGAGAGCAAAGUCCCCAAAACCGAUGGAGCAGAGUUUUGGAAAUCUCAUCCAAGUAUUUUAGCUGUUCAGAGAUCUGCCAUGAUCAGGAAACAGCAGCAACAGCUACAGCAGCAGCAAUUGUCAUCAAACAAUGGCUCAGAGGAGUCUUCUAGUAGUGAAGGGUCUGAUGAUGAAUCUUCCAGUGAAAGCACUACUAAACACAAGAAACACAGAGAUGAAGACUGGCAAAUGUCUGGUACUGGGUCUGAAGAGGAGGAAGAGGAGGAGGAAGGUCAACAUAAGAGUACCUCAGGAGACAGUGAAUCUGACUAUCAGCCCACCAACAAAGUCAAAAGCAGGAAACCCCAGAACAGGGCUAAAACAAAAAGUGUGAAGAAGGGUAAGGUAUUGAAGAAACAGACUGAAUCAUCAGAUGAUGACGAUGGACCUGAUGAUAAAAGGGCUUCUCGUCGCCAGGCAACGGUAAACGUCAGCUACAAGGAAGAUGAAGAUGCCAAAACUGAUUCUGAUGACUUGGUUGAAAUGUGUGGGGAAGAUGUUCCUCCUCCCCUGGAGGAAGAGGAAGAAUUUGAGACACUAGAAAGAUUGAUGGAUUCUCGAAAAGGGAAGAAAGGAGCAACUGGUGCUGCCACCACUGUCUAUGCGGUAGAGGCUGAGGGUAAUCCCAAUUUCGGGUUUGAUCCCUUGAAGGAGGUAGGCGAAUGUCAGUACUUGAUCAAAUGGAAGGGAUGGUCUCACCUCCACAACACCUGGGAGAGCGAAGAAACACUUUUGCAACAAAACACAAAAGGAAUGAAAAAACUGGAGAACUACAAGAAAAAGGAGGAAGACAAGAAACGAUGGCUGAAAGCAGCAUCUCCUGAAGACAUAGAAUACUUCAACUGUCAGCAGGAGCUGGUAGAUGACUUGCACAGUCAGUAUCAAUUUGUGGAGCGAAUAAUUGCCCACUCCAACCAGAAAGGUGUAUCAGGUUUUCCAGACUACUUAUGCAAAUGGCAAGGCCUUUCAUACUCUGAAUGCAGCUGGGAAGAUGGAGGUCUUAUUAGCAGAAAGUUUAAAUCGUACAUUGACGCAUAUAUGAACCGGAACCAAUCGAAAACCAUCCCUUUUAAGGAAUGCAAGGUCUUAAAGCAAAGACCCAGAUUUGUUGCACUGAAGAAACAGCCAUCAUAUAUUGGAAGUUCUGAUGUAUUGGAGCUCCGGGACUAUCAGCUAUCAGGGUUAAAUUGGUUGGCACACUCUUGGUGCAAGAACAAUAGUGUUAUCCUCGCUGAUGAAAUGGGUCUUGGGAAAACAAUACAAACCAUCUCCUUCCUCAGCUAUCUGUUCCAUGAGCACCAGCUGUAUGGACCUUUCCUUUUAGUAGUUCCUCUCUCAACGCUAACUUCCUGGCAGCGAGAAAUUGAACUGUGGUCACCCGAAAUGAACGUUGUUGUUUACUUGGGUGAUAUCAGCAGCAGGAAUGUGAUAAGAACAUACGAAUGGAUGCAUCCUCAGAAUAAAAGGUUGAAAUUCAAUAUCUUACUGACAACAUAUGAGAUUUUGCUAAAAGAUAAGUCAUUCCUUGGAGGUGUAAAUUGGGCUUUCAUUGGUGUGGACGAAGCUCAUCGCUUGAAGAAUGACGAUUCUCUUCUUUAUAAAACCAUGAUGGAUUUUAAAUCCAGUCACCGGCUGCUUAUCACUGGUACCCCACUGCAAAACUCCCUCAAAGAACUCUGGUCCCUCCUUCGUUUCAUCAUGCCAGAAAAAUUUGCUUCUUGGGAAAUAUUUGAAGAGGAACAUGGUAAAGGAAGAGAAGUCGGAUACACAAGCCUUCACAGGGAGCUUGAGCCAUUCUUACUGCGGAGAGUGAAAAAGGAUGUUGAGAAAUCCCUACCUGCCAAGGUUGAACAGAUCCUGCGAGUGGAGAUGAGUGCACUUCAGAAACAAUAUUACAAGUGGAUUUUGACCAGGAAUUACAAAGCCUUAAGUAAAGGCUGUAAAGGCAGCACAUCUGGUUUUCUCAAUAUAAUGAUGGAACUUAAAAAGUGUUGCAACCAUUGCUACCUCAUUAAAUUGCCUGAAGCAAAUGAUUUCUACAACAGACACGAGGCCUUACAGCAUCUGAUCCGCAGCAGUGGGAAGCUGAUCUUGUUGGACAAGCUGCUGUGUCGACUAAAAGAACGAGGACAUAGAGUGCUUAUUUUCUCUCAGAUGGUUCGGAUGCUGGAUAUUCUAGCAGAGUAUUUGAAAUGCAGACAGUUUUGUUUCCAGAGACUUGAUGGAUCUAUUAAGGGGGAACUAAGGAAACAAGCACUUGACCAUUUCAAUGCAGAAGGAUCUGAAGACUUCUGCUUCUUGCUGUCAACCAGAGCAGGAGGGCUGGGUAUAAACUUAGCAUCUGCAGACACAGUGGUUAUUUUUGAUUCAGACUGGAAUCCACAAAACGAUUUGCAGGCUCAAGCCAGAGCUCACAGGAUUGGUCAGAAAAAACAGGUGAAUAUAUACCGGCUAGUUACAAAGGGAACAGUAGAAGAAGAGAUCAUUGAAAGAGCAAAGAAGAAAAUGGUGUUGGAUCAUCUUGUCAUACAACGAAUGGAUACAACAGGGAAAACAGUGCUGCACACUGGUUCCAAUCCCCCAAAUUCUACUCCAUUUAAUAAAGAAGAGCUGGCAUCUAUCCUGAAGUUUGGAGCUGAGGAACUUUUCAAGGAGCCAGAAGGAGAGGAGCAAGAACCACAGGAAAUGGAUAUUGAUGAAAUUCUUCGUCGUGCUGAAACACGGGAGAAUGAAGCUGGUCCCACUACAGUGGGUGAGGAGCUGCUCUCACAGUUCAAGGUGGCGAAUUUUACCACAAUGGACGAUGAUCUUGAACCUCAACGAAACAUUAAGGAAUGGGAUGACAUUAUUCCAGAGGUACAGAGAAGAAGGAUGGAAGAAGAAGCCCGACAGAAGGAGCUUGAAGAGAUCUAUUUGCUUCCUCGAAUGCGCAACUGUGCCAAACAGAUCAGUUUUAAUGGAAAUGACGGAAGACGCAGAAGGAGGAGAUCUUCAGAGUCAGACAGCGACUCAGUAUCUGAAGGGAAACGCCCCAAAAAACGUGGUCGGCCGCGAACAAUUCCACGAGAAAACAUUAAAGGCUUCAGUGAUGCUGAAAUUAGAAGGUUUAUCAAGAGUUACAAGAAGUUUGGUGGACCCCUUGAGAGGCUAGAAGCAAUUGCACGAGAUGCUGAACUGGUGGAUAAAUCUGAGGUGGACCUCAGGAGGUUGGGAGAGAUGGUGCACAAUGGAUGUAUUAAAGCACUUCGAGAAUCCACAGCCCAAGAGAAGACUGCUGCCCGUCGUGGUAAAGUGAAAGGACCUACAUUUCGCAUCUCAGGCGUGCAGGUCAAUGCUAAACUUGUGAUUGCCCAUGAAGAGGAACUGGCACCUUUGCACAAAUCCAUUUCACCAGACCCAGAGGAUAGAAAGAAGUACACAAUCCCAAGUCACACUAAAGCAGCUCAUUUUGACGUGGACUGGAACAAGGAGGAUGACUCUAACCUUUUAAUAGGCAUCUAUGAGUAUGGCUAUGGCAGCUGGGAAAUGAUAAAGAUGGAUCCAGAUCUGAAUUUAACGCACAAGAUUCUGCCUGAUGAUCCAGAUAAGAAGCCGCAGGCCAAGCAGUUGCAGACCAGAGCUGACUACCUCAUCAAACUGCUCAGUAAAGACCUGGCCAGGAAGGAGGCACAGAGGCUGGCUGAGGCUAAUUCAAAAAAAAGGAAGCCGAGGAAUAAAAGAAGUAAGGCUGUAAAAGUUGUGAAGGUGGAAGAAAUUAAAAGUGAUUCAUCUCCACCACCUCCCUCAGUCAAAAGCUCAGAUGAAGAAGGAGAAAUCAAGGAUGACGUCCCUGGAACAAAACCCUCAAAAAGGAAAUCGAAAAUGGAAAAAGAAAAUGAGGAAAGAGUGGAUCAUGAAGUGGCAGUCAAGAAAGAGAUGGAAGAAAAGGAAAUCAAAAAAGAGGCUAAAGAAAAAGAAGGUAGAAAGGACAAAAAGGAAAAGGAGGAAAAGAAAGAUGCAAAAGAAAAAGAUAUCAAGAAGGAUAUCAAAGACAAGAAAGAAAUGAAAGAAAAAGAAUCUGUACAUAGAGAAAAAGAAGUGAAAGAAGAAAAGGCAACUGAAGUUAAAAUGGAGAUGAAGGAGAAGUCUAAGAAGCCAUUGCUUGCUGACGUCCCAGUUCAUAUCACUGCAAGCAGUGAGCCCAUUCCCAUUGCCGAGGAAGCGGAAGAGCUUGAUCAAAAUACAUUUAGUAUUUGUAAAGAAAGGAUGAGGCCUGUGAAGGCAGCACUGAAACAGCUGGACAGGCCUGAGAAGGGUCUUUCAGAAAAGGAGCAGCUGGAGCACACCAGGCAGUGCUUGAUCAAAAUAGGUGACCACAUUACCGAGUGUCUGAAGGAGUACUCAAACCCUGAACAAAUCAAACAGUGGAGAAAGAAUCUAUGGAUUUUUGUUUCAAAGUUCACUGAAUUUGACGCAAGAAAACUGCACAAAUUGUACAAGCAUGCGAUCAAGAAGAGACUGGAGAACUCUCGGCAUAAUGACCAGCACAGCAGUACUCUCAACAUUCACAAUGCCAAACACUCAGAACCUGAAAAGCCGAGGGAGAAUUCUCACAACGACGACAGCAGUAGGGAAAGCCAUUCAUCUGACCGACACCACUCAUCACAUUAUCAUGACCACCAUAGAGAUCAGCAUCACAGUGAUUCAUCAAGAAAGAGACCGUAUUCCUCGUUUAGCAAUGGCAAAGACCACCGAGACCGGGAUCAUUACCGAUCAGAUAGCAGGUACUACAGUGAAAAUAAGCACAGGAAGCUUGAUGAACACAGGAGUCGGGGUCACCGGUCAGAGGCCAGUUCGAAGGAGAGUAGAUCCCAUUCAGACCACCGGUCCCACUCAGAUCAUCGAUCCAGCUCAGACUACAGAUCCCAUUUGGAUCAUCGAUCCAGCUCAGACCACAGAUCCCAUUUGGAUCAUCGAUCCAGUUCAGACUACAGAUCCCAUUCAGAUCAUCGAUCCAGCUCAGAAUACUCAGGCCAGAAAUCCUCCAGGGAUUACAGGUACCACUCAGACUGGCCAGUGGACCAUAGGCCAUCAAGUAGUGGCCCAAGGUCCCCCCUGGAUCAGAGGUCCCCUUAUGACUCCAGAUCACCAUUGGAACACAGAUCCCCCCUUGAUUACUCUUCCGAUCACAAAAGCACCCCAGAGCACACCUGGAACAGCCGUAAAACAUAACAGGACGAGUGAUGCCAUGUCUUCACCCAAUGCAGCCAUAAAAAAAGAACACAGUAAAUGCCUUACGUGACUUAAAACAUGCAGACGAGAGCUGCUACUUGCAGUAUUGUUGCUCCUCCUUAUAGGUUGCAAGGUUGAUAUCUCAUAAGAAGAAAAUAUUUUUGUAUCGAGAUUAAUGCUGCACUGUGCUACAUACCGUGGCAUGUUGUCUUAUUUUCUCUUCCUGUUUUUUUAAAUCAGAGAUGGACAUGUUUACUACUGCAUAUAAUUGAACACUGCCCCAAACACACUGGAUCAUAAGUAUUCACCCUCCCAACAAUCUGGAGGCUUUUCGGCCCAACUGACCUGAAUAAUGUUUUGAAGAACGACAGAAAAUGUAAAUGACCCGCGUUUGAUCGCACGAUUAUGCAGGAGUUUAGGAACGGAGUCUAAAUGUAAACUUGAAAAAGCAGAGGACUCGGGUUCACCUUCCAAAGCUAUUUGUAUUGAGACUGUUUACAUUUUACACUGCGACCACAUUGCCAGUUCUCAGCAAGCUUGAAUAUUUAAAUUCUGUACUUACAUCUGUAAAAUAGCAGGGUUGUUGUUUUGUUGGUGAUCAAUUGUGUAAUGCCUUUGAAGAUAUACUACUGUAAAUUAUUGUAAAUUAGUGGAUCGAAUCUGAGCUUUUUUUUCCUUCUCAGGCUUUUUUGACUGUUUUCCGUUCCCCACCUACUCAGGCCUUCACUUCAUAAAUAUAAAAUCCGUGUACUACAGUUUUUAUGAAUUGUCUGGAUGAAACAUUUUGCUGUUUAGAAUGUAAAAGGGGAAAGGGAAAAUCAAUUCCAUUAUAUUUAGCCCUCUAGUCCUUUUUUAUUGGUAACUUGUAUUAGAAACGUGUUUACUUUAAAAAAAAAGUCUGUGUUGUGAUUGCUGUAGUAACUAAUAAUGAGAAGAAAUUCCUUUCAGAUCAAGUUAUUGUCACAGAUUAUAGUUUGAGAUACAUUUUAUAAGAUGACAACUUCUCCCUCCCCUGAAGAUCCCAUCCUCAACAAGAACAAUAAAGUGAGCUAAAAUUUGAUGCAACACCUUUCCCACACUUGUUUUCCCUAUUAAACUGGGCAAUAAUACUUAAAUGAUGUGCUAUGCAGUCAGAUGAAUUUCCAAUGUAUUGGUAAACUAGGGAAAUUAGAUACUGUUAUAAUGCACACUGAUGUAAAUAGAUACUAUAUAUUACAAAUUAAAUUUACAGAGAAAUAAUAUGUGGAUUCUAAGACGAUCUUUUUCACUGUGCAAGAAAACGUCAGGUUGAUGCAACCCAAUAUGUUGCUUCAAUACCCUUUUUGUUUUGCCAGAACAUAUCUCAGACUUUUUAAUAAAGUAAUUUUGUAACUUUCCCAUA